CACUGAGGUGACGGUGGAGCAAAACAUAACAUCUCCCCACUCUAGGCCAUCACUUUCCGAAACCCAGAGCCGCGUUCUACUGAUAUUACGUCCAAUUAAUAAUAAUAAUACCCCAAGCGAGAGAGCGCCCUUCCCCCCCCUUUCCCCCUAAAUUUCUCCUUCCUGGUCUGCAAUCCUGCGCAGUUCUGCCAGAGAAUAAGCCCUCCCGAAAACUCCAGCCGCACCAUCCCCCAAAGAAACGAGCACAGGAUUAGGCCAGCAUGGGCCAUCUCCGUCCUCCCCCUUCCGUGUCUUUCCCGGUCCCUGGACUUAACACUCCCCGUGGCGGCGGCGGCUGCAAAGCGAGCGACGGUGCCCAUAGCAACCUCGCCGGCUGCCAGGCCCGCCCCUGGCCUGCCCGGAGGAGAGAAGGAGGCCGGCGGUCCGGACUUCUUGGGGCCCCGCUGGGCUACAGGACGCCGCCCGAGAAGAUGGGCGUCAGGAUGGAGGACGGCGGCGGCAGCAGCAGGAGGAGGAGCAAUUCAGUGAUUGAAUAUAUACCAAGGUAUGGCCCAGCAAGUCCAUUCAAAGGACAUUUAAGUACAAAAAGUAAUGCUUUCUGCAUUGACUCCUCCUCCCACAGACUAAGUAGCCAGUACCUGAUCAGGGACCACAUGGCCGUGCAUUACAAUAAAAUCCUUUCAGCCAAAGCCGCUGUAGACUGUUCAGUACCAAAAAGCAGGCUAAACAGCAUAAAGUUUUCAGAUCAGCAACGAAGAGAAAAACUAAAGAAAGAAAUAGAAAGGUGUGAGAAGGAGAUGAUAUCCUCUAAAAAUGUGUCACGAUCUAGUUCCCGAGAGAGCAGAAGGCCACUGUCAGCUACCUAUAGAAAGGAUUCAUGGCAAGCAGAAGGCAAUGUGGGGUUGGCCACAUGUGCACCAAGUGAGGAAAGAUAUAUGUUGGCUACUUCAUCAACUCCAGAGAGACAAAGCACUAUGUCACAGAGUAUUGAAAAACCUAGCAAGAAAGCUGCUACGAAAUCUUCCAACAUCUCAGUCUCAAGCUUGAACACCAGUGCAUCAAGUCUACAAAGACUACAUUCCAAAAUUUCCUGCAGCUCUUCUUCAGAUAGCUUUACAAGCAAACAUCCCCAUAAAGCCCAGAAUGUUGAAUCCAAAACAAGCAGUGGAGAUCUACUUGAUAAGCAUUCUGAACAUUUUACCAGUGGCCGGCAGCCAUUCACUCCACGCACUUUAAAAUCAGAUGCUAAAUCCUUCCUUUCACAAUACAGAUACUAUAUGCCAGCAAGACGAAAAAUACAGGAUCUUCCGACACAGCAGGUGGAAGCAGAAACACAGACUGAAAUAAGCAGUUUUCAAGUUGACUUGGUGGGAUCUGAAAGAAAGCAUACGGCUGACUUUCAGAAGGUCGUAAAAGAGGUUGAAGGCACUAUUUCUGCCCAUGCAGAUAAGCCUGAUGAACUGAAAGCUGUUUCUCAGUUCUUCUCACCAAGGAUGACUUCUCCAUCUUCUGUACAGUCCCCAGCUGUGAGAAGAUUCCAGGCUGAAGAAGAAGAACUUUUGUAUUUAAGUUUCAUCCAGGAUAUAACAGAUGAAAUUCUCAGACUCGGGUUGUUUUCUAACAGCGCUUUGGAAAGGUUGUUUGAGCGUCACAUAGAACAAAAUAGGAACCAUCUGGAUGAGACUAAAAUGCACCACCUGCUGGAAAUUCUGAAAGUGGACCUGGGAUGCAAGAAAGAGGAAAAAUCUACAGGAGGGUUGUACAAGUAUGCUUUACCAACGGAUGAAAGAGCUGAGCACAUCCAACUUGCCAGUGAAGUUCAAAGAGAAGGCAAGCUGACGAAAAGCAAGGGUUUUUUAAGAGCAAUAGAUUUAAUAGCAAACCAGCCUCCUGCAUUAAACAAUGAAUGCCAAAAGCCAGAGAGCCCAAAUGAAAUUGUCAGAGAUGUCAGUGACCCAGCCUGUGUUGAGCCAAACCCGUCCGAUCUUCCAGCGACUGAUGAAAACCUGGAUACCUCGUGCACGUUGCCACCAACAUGCAGUUCAUCUGCAUGUGAUGCUGACUUUGAAACAAGUGAAUCACUGAAGGGAGUGGAUGAGCUCAAAGAAAGCUUUGCAGAAUUACUUCCCCUCUCCACUUACAGUGCCCCAUAAUAAACAGUGAACUACAAAGCACCAAGAGAGGCAGAACACCUGGUUAAUAGUGCAAAGAUCCGAGCUUUGCAAAUUAAAUAAAAUGCUAGCAAAUCAUCCUUACAAUUUUUUUUCUUAUCUGGAUGCACUCGCAACCUUUUACAAAAGGGAUCAAGGUAUUAUGAAUCAGACUGUAACAAACAAAGUGCUAAUACACUGUAGUGGGCAGUACUUGUAGUACAGGUAAUGUAACCCCAAGGCAUUAACUGUUGAAAACACUGCCUAGAGCUUCAUGUGUGGACAUAUAUGUAUGUAUGUAUAAUAG